AUGCUGGCCAACGUCGCGCAUUCGCCGGCAUGGAGAAGUCAAGGCUACGUCUGUCUGGCCUGUCGACGUCAGCGUCUUGCAUCCGACCGCCGCCGUCACCAACGUAGAUUCAACAGCACCGAGACCGAUCAGUCCUCACAAUCCUCCCAUUCAUGGUUCGACGCCUUGAACGACAUCAGCGAUGAUUAUAGCACGAAACCGAAUAAUAAAGCGCGGAACUCUGCCGUCGAAAAGACGUUCGUCAACAAAUCGGUCCCCGCGAAGAAGGAGAGCACUCAUGGCCGCAAAAAGGGCAAGAUCGAUGGGCUACGCUCAAGGCUCGACAAGGAAAUCUCUGACGGUGGUCAAGAGAAGGAAACAGAGCCACUUGCUACUGCAGAGGCUAGCAGAAUCCACAAGAGUCUACGGAGACCGACGAAGAGGUUGGGAGUCGGGCGUAUUGGGGCAUCACACAGACAUGUGCAGCUGAAGGGUCAAAUUGGCCUGUAUGCAUCACGCAAACGGGUUGAUCUGAAGGCCAGCGCAGAGCCGGAGAAGGAUUCGACUGUCGAAGAGUCGACUGAACAACCUUUGGCAGAUUCAAAGUCGCAGAUCAUUGCGGAUUUGAUGAGCCAAGCGAAGAAAAGAGCGGACCAACGGGACCAAGAUCCGGUAAAUCAGGACAAGAGCGAAGGGACAUUUGACGAAUUCGCAGCGCUACUUUCGAGUAUAAGUCGUCCAGCAUUCCGUAUCAGGAACAUAUCGUCGACCUCAACACGUCGUCCAUGGCCCACCCCUUCCCACUCCAAAGAUGCUCAGGAAGCGAAUGAUAGAAACAAGAGUCGCCACCCAUCACGUACGAAAUGGCAGUCGCUGGCCGAGUCAGACGACGCCCUCACCAACGCCAGCGUGCAUAAUGCGGAUUCAUCACCCAUGGAGAAAGCAGCUCAAGCUGCCAAGUUUGAUCGCCCGAUGACUCUGGUGCAGCGAUGGCUCAUGAAUCAGAAGCGAACCCAGCCCUGGGGCGUUACCCAAACUCCGGAGACCGUGCCUGCCAAUGAUUCUGCAGCAUCGAAGAAGGUCGUCCCCAAGAAAGCAUCCGCUGCUAAAGAAGACUCUAUUGCAGCUUAUGUAAAUGCGAAGUUGAAGCAACCGCCUGCACUGGGAGAUGAAAUUGCCAAUUCGAGCAAACAGGAUUCCUCUUCGAGAAAUCCGGAGUCGAUUGGAAAGAUUCUGGACGAUAUGAGGAAGAGAGCUGGUGCAGAUCAGGUUAUCACUGACGCGGAUGUGGCAAGCGCAGUUCUUCAGGCGAAAGAUCGGGUGGCAAAGAAGAAAGAGCGUGAAGUGAGUGAGCGUGUGCGGCGGAUACUGUCAUAUGGCCCCGAGAGUUUGCAAAAGCAAGGAGCACAGGUGACCAUGGACUCCGCGACUGAGGAGGUGCCGUUGUCUGGAGCAUUAUCUGUCCCGUCAGAGGAGUCACCCAAGACAGCCCCCGAGCAGGCGAAUCUACCCGAGGAAUCGUCAGUGACUGAAGGCAUCAGGACGUCGGAAGCGUCGUCUGAUUUAGCAGCUGAGCAAAAAGCCGAUGUACUCACGGAGUCGGCGGACCCUCCGCAAGUGAAGGCCGAGCAGGACGAAAACUGUGCGCCCGCUCAUUCGAGACUUGGUAGUCUAUGGAAGCAACGCGAACCUGUCGCUGCCACAGAACAGUCGACAGAACGGGAAUUGCAUACUUCCCAGAGCUCGGCACCUGCUACUUCCUCAUCGAGCGAGCAGAGUGCCCCAAGCCAUGGCAAGCCUCUUGUCAGACUCUUCCAUACCAGAAGCUCCAAAUCUGCACCUGUCUCAGAAGCUGCGAAAGAAGAACCUGCCGAGGAACGGGACGAAACACCGUCAAAUGCGGAGAUCAAGUCUAUUGAGACAUCUUCCCUUGAAAUCACGCCGCUUGACAUCCCGCAGCCGCCGGUGCCUUACCUCGAAUACGGCCUGGAUAGAGUUCUGUUCAAUCCCGGCGUAUAUCAACUACAGGAUCCCGCAUCACGUGUUUACAACUUUGACCCAUACCUUCAAACGAUCAUGCCCGUGGCGGAGUUCGACUUUGACGCGUUGAAAGAGUACAAGACGUCAUCUCAAGACCAAGCUCUCGCCGAACUGGCCAAGGCACAAGGCAAGAAGUACAUUGGCUCGACGUCCAGCAUGACAAGUUCGCUGGCGCACUUCCACUUUCUGCUGUCGAACUGGCGUCCUAUCAACUUGAGCAUGCUCACCAACGGUUUUGUUGGAAAAGGCACCAACGCCAACUUCACCGAGAUCAGCCGAGCUCCCAGUGCCAUCUUCCUUCGCUGGAAAGACGGCACAUACGCGAUUGAUGCUGAUAAAGAAUACGAUGGCGCGAAUGUGUUGAUGCUGCUUGGAAAGUCCAUGGAACUGCUUCUCACCUUGCCAACUUCCGAGUACGAGCGAUAUCGCAAAAGUGACCCUCGUCAGGUUCCAGAGGCGUCAAAAACGGCACCGGAAAGUUAUCAAUACACAACUAUGCGUGACUUCCUGAUGCGAUCGCAGCUCGAUGCUUACGACCCGCGGCUCCCUGGCAGCGGUACUUUCGAUCUCAAGACUCGCGCGGUUGUGUCCGUUCGCAUGCAGUCUCAAGACUUUGAGCCAAUGACCGGCUACGAGAUCUUCGGCCUACAUGGCAAAUGGGGUUCAUACGAGCGAGAGUAUUUUGACAUGAUACGUGCCACAAUGCUCAAAUACAUGCUGCAAGCGCGCAUGGGUCGCAUGAACGGCAUCUUUGUCGCGUACCACAACGUUAAGCGCAUCUUCGGCUUUCAGUACAUCCCCAUGCAGGAAAUGGAUCUUGCGCUGCACGGGCAAGCGGAUACUUGCCUGGGAGACCAAGAAUUCAAGGCUAGCCUGGAGGUCAUGAACGAGCUCUUCAACAAGGCGACUGAGAAAUUCCCUGGACAAUCACUUCGGUUCCAUUUCGAGACGCCAUCGCAGAAGAGCAAUGGAUCACCAACUGCGUUACAUGUAUUUGCUGAGCCCAUGUCAGAAGAUGACAUAGAUCGCAUUCAGAACUCCCAGAAAGCGAAGGUGCAGGAGUUUGAGCGCAAUGUCAUGGGAAAGAGCGGCGAGCCCACUGAUGCUGCACCAUUGGCAAAGACUUCGAAGGCAACAGACACAGGAACUGACAGCACCCUAAGCCUCUCUUCGACGAAUUCCGACGCCGACGUCAGCUUUCUCGGUUCAAUUUCCUCUACCAAGUCUGAUGCCAACCUGAAGCCUCUUUUCUACGCCACCGUGAUUGUUCAAUCAAAGGUCAACGACGAAACGGUACCAAAUGAUCGACCGACCAACCUCAAACGAGGAGAUAAAUGGGAAAUCGAUUAUAUCAUCAAAGACUACGAAAUCACAGAGCACGAAUGGGCGAUGUACGAAGACUGCCGUGCACGUCGCAAAUACGCCCUUACGGAACGGGAUGAUGAAGACGGUGCCGAUCCGGAAUCUGAUGGCGAGCCGCGAAAAGAAAACUCAUUCAUCAAGUACUUAAAGCAGAUGGCUGCGGAAGGCAGAGCUUUCAGAAAGAAGAUCGAUGUUCUCGAGGCUGGCAAGGAUAUCGUGCGGGUUGAUCAGCCAUUGCCGAAGGAGAGGGAGAAGAUUGAUGAUCUUGACGAUUACAUGGCGUGGAUGUAUGGGUCGAAGUGA